AUGCACUCCCCUCCAAGAGGACCUAUCUACGCGAUUUAUUACACAGCUCUAGCGGUUAUCGCUGUUCCAGUUAAUUUCGUGGCUAUUGUGAUCCUAUCCAGAGGACAGUGUGGACUCUCCCGAUGUAUCACCCGGUACCUGGUAUCCAUGGCGGUGACGGAUCUUCUGGUUAUUGUUACUGCCGUUUUAUUAAAUCGGAUACCUGGCAUUUAUUCUCCAGGAAGUUUUAUGUCCAUCACCCCAGUAUGUAGUCUCAAUAUCACUUUAAUCCAUGCAUCCAGAGACAGUUCAGUUUGGCUAACAGUGGCUUUUACCUUUGAUCGAUUUGUGGCAAUUUGUUGUCAGAAAAUAAAAACAAAAUAUUGUACCGGGAAAACAGCGGCUUUUAUCGUAGGAAUGGUCUGUUCGUUGGGAUGUUUGAAAAGCAUACCAUGGUAUUUUAUACAUGAACCUAUCUACAUAAUUAAGAAUACCCCGUGGUAUUGCAGAGUAAAGUCCAUUCGCUAUACAUCACUUGUUUGGACGAUUUUCGAUUGGUCCGAUCGUCUUUUAACCCCUUGUCUCGCGUUCCUUCUGAUUCUUUUACUGAAUAUUUUAACAGUCAGGCAUAUCCUGGCUGCCAACAGAGCACGUAGAAGAGUCCGUGUGCAGAAAGACAAAGAAAAUCAGAGGGACCCAGAGAUGGAGAGCCGGAGAAAGUCCAUUGUUCUGCUCUUUGCCGUCUCGGGAUGCUUCAUUCUGUUGUGGAUGGUCUAUGUUGCGCAGUUCCUUUACGAACGAUUUACAAGUGAUCAUAAAAUUAAGGGCUUCAACGAUCCUAGGUUUAUUUUCAUAGAAAGUGCGAAUAUGUUGCAGCUCUUGAGUUGCUGUACUAACACUUUUAUUUAUGCGGUGACUCAGAGCAAAUUCAGGGAACAGUUAACGGUCAUGCUCCAAUAUCCGCUAAAAUUAAUUACCAGCUUACGGUAA